AUGUAUAGACAAAUACCUUUAACUGUUGCGUUCAGUAGUGAAAACCCUGACGUCAAAAUAAAGGGGAACAGAGUAACGUUUAAGUUUCCAACAGACUGGAUUGUGAACAUAAAUGAAGAGAAGUACAUUGGCAUAACAUCUAUGUAUAUAACACGUGCUUUCAGAAAGGUUGACUUUAUACUUCAAGUCGAGAUAGAAAAUGACGAACAGUCUUUAAGCGCCCAAAACAUUCACAUAUACAAAUACUUUAAAGACGAUACAACAUUGCAACAAUGUAUGAUUUCAUUUAAUGAGAUGUUCGAGAAAAAGUUCAACAUUGAAGUACAAACUUUACAGCCUUUACGUGAGUUUCUUGCACAACUGAAAGAAGAAGGUAGUCAGCCACAACUUAUAGACUUUCAUUAUGAAUUUAAUGAAAAUGAAGAUGGAACUCAUGACUGUCAAUUCAUUGUAUUCUCACCAUUCAAUGAAGUCGCUAAAAAGAAAGAAAAUCCAUUACGUAUAAGAUUUCAAAUCUCUGAACCAAGUGAUGAUUUUAAGAAUGUUUUCAAUUAUGAUGCAAUGCUUCCGAGGAAAAAUGAAUUUUCAAAGAUUGUAACACCUGGCAUUUGGGAUAGAAAGCAAGCAAUACUUUACUCUAAUAUAGCCAAAGGCGUUGAAAAUGAGUUCAUUG